ACUACUACUGCAGUUGACCUUGAGUCUUUAGCUCUGUCUCCAUCUAGCCCGCUUUCUGAAGCUCAAAGCUUGCUUGCUCAAAUACGGAAGGUCAAAGACGAAAGCAAGCAUCUAGGUGCCUUGAAAGAAGGUCUGUCAUCCAAUGUACGGCAACUCCAGCACGCAUUGGAGGCUCGCAAAGAAAAGGACAACGGUGAGUGGAAACAAAAGCUUGAAAGCGAGAGGAAGCGAAAGAAAAAGCUUGAGAGAACCAUUCGGAAACUGAGAGCCGAGAUUGAAGCAGUCGAUCAAGUAUCAACAGCAAAGAAUAAAUCAUCAAAGAAAUCGUCUGUGGGAGUGGAACAACAGAAGUGGAACAACAGAAGC